UCUCUCUCUCUCUGAGUGUUGGUUUUCUCAAUUUUCAUCGUAUCGUUGAAGGGUAUUAUCUUGGAAUCAGGUGCCGAUGGUGAAGAAGCCGUGUAAUACAUAUAGAAAAAACAGUGAAAAAAAAUGGACUAUUAUUGCGGAUAUUGUUUGAGUUUAAACCCUUGCGGAUGUCCCAAUUCACCCAAUUUGCAGCAACAAAUGAUGGGCCACGCACAAAAUACACAACAACCAAAUCAAAUGAAUAUGGCCAAUCAGAUGGGUAAUCAAAUGAAUAGCCAAAUCAACAGCGGCUUUAUGUUGAGUCCAGCUGCAAUGAAAUCGAAUUCUGUGGGUGCCUGUGGUAUGCCAUCCAAUUCUGGAAAUAUGCAAACAUCGAUGAUGAAUAGCGGUGGUGUGAUGAAUAAUCCUAUGCAAAAUAACCCAAUGCAGAACAAUGCAAUGCAAAAUCAAGGUCAAGCUAUGAACCAAUCGCAGGGAAUGGGAAACUCACAGCAAUUACGUGGACAACAGAUACAACAGCAGCAGCAACAACAGCAAUGGGUCUUCAAUCAAAUGAACCAAAUGAAGCCAGCAUCCACAAACCAAAUGAAUAUUAGUCAGCACAACCAACAAGAACAAACCAACCAAUUGAAUCUCAAUGUUCAAGGUUCCUUGCAUGGCCACGGCAAUCGAUCAACAUCAGCACAAUCGCACGGCAUCAUGAUAGGUGGCAAUAUGAUGGCAAAUGCAAAUGCAGCUAACGUUGGCAUGGCACAGCAAUUUUCCGGCAACAUUUACAUGGGUCUGGAUCAGAAUAUUGUGGAGCAUCAACAAAACUACAACGCGUCGAUGAUGAUGGACGCCGGCAACAUGAAUGCAUUGCAGCAAAUGAAUCAAAACCAACAGCACUUUGGCGGAAACAAUAUGUUCGGCGUUGGUGGUGGUGUAUUUGCACCACAGCAACAAGGUCCGAGUCAAAUGUUGAACCCAUCGAUCGAGCAAACGCUUCAGCAAUGCCCAAUUCAACCACAAGUUCAAAUUCCUGCGAUGCAAGGAACCUAUACGGUAGCUGAGCAAUAUGAAGUAACGCAAAAAAAAAAGAAAAAGGCGUUGCAAAUACUCCAAAAGGAAGCAAUCGAAUUUCGCAAGCGGGAGCAAAAAAAAAAGCAACAAGGUAUGCACAACCUCUAUACACCUUGAGCGAGAAAGAAAAACAACAACCAUCUAUGUAAAAAAUAAAAUCAGCACGUUGAUUCACACAAUUUCAGAUUAUGUAUAAAUGAAAAUGAAAAAAAAACAUGGAAUACAUUUUAAGUAAUGAAAAUAAUUCUGAUGGGAGGGAACUUAAAUAAAAUGAACAUUAGAAAUUUGAGUAACUAAAAUAAAUUGAACAACAAUCGCAGAACAAAUCUAACUAAUCCAAUUUUUUUUAGUUGAAUG